CUCGUGUUUCCCGAAAACUUUUGCAACAUAGUUUGUGAGUGAUGCAUGUUCUCAAGCCAGGUCAAAACGUGGGACAUAGUUGACGUAGACCAUGGGUCUCGCCUUGUUUUCCUGUUGCUCCUCCGAAGCCCGCGGCGCAAGCCAAGUUGAAGCCGAAACCCGUCGUGCUCGCAUGGUCUCGGUUACAUCUACUACUAUUCGUCCUUACUCGCCCAGGCACAGCGAGAAUCCCCCUCGAUACAGUGAUGUUGCACAACAGCCAUUGCUCACGAUCGACGAGAAGAAAGCUGCGCAGUUUGAGGUCUUUGUCCAGCCCGAGACUAUAGAGGAUGAUGGCGCGUCUUACCCACCGCUCUCACCUGUAUCCUCGAUUGUCUCGAUUCCCUCUACUCGAUACACAAAUCUUACCACGAUGAAUACUGGCGACACCACAAGAACAACCUUUGUUGCGAGGACGAGUCUUGAGACUUCGUCUACCGGACGAACGCGGCCUCCUUCAUAUCAUGCCAGUGCGAGGAGGAGUCCAAGUCCAGCGGCUACCGAGGGAAGCGGUAGAGAUAGUAUUCUGCAACAUCCUGUCAUGAGGAGAGAUUGGUUGGAAGUGUUGCGGCAAGAGGCCCAGAGAGAGGCAAGGUUACAGUCUGAUGCCGCCAGAGAUGCUGAUAACUCGGCUACUGGCGCAGUCUGAACGGACACCUAUAACACAAGGCCACAUCUCAACCGGCGGCCGCAAAAUGCUUACACCAGGAUUCCAUGAACUCUGGCUCAGAUCCUGACGGCGAAAUAAGAGAAAAAGAGGAGCGGGGGCAAGAAUGGCACCAAUGCACCGAUGUAUGAUGUAAAGCCAUGGGCGCCCUACCCAGCGAGCCUUCCCGGACAAGGAAGGCUUCCAUCGCAGUAUUUUCUUUACGGCACUGCGCAUCUGGUUAUUCAGCAUUGCUGCUCCCCGCUGAAUGUUGUCAAAAAUACUGAACGAGAUAAGGGGGCUAUGCGGGCAGAAAGACCCCCUCAAUCUGCGUGGACAUUACAAUAUCCUGCCGACGCUCAGAGCAGCCGUGAACGAGCUUUGGUCGGUCACAGAGAUAAUCCGGAUGUAUCGUGGAAGGGUCACAGCUAAAGGCACGCAGUAACAGACAUUGCCAUCGCAAGCCUCCGGCUCUGAAUGCCUGAGACCAGCCUUUCCUAUUGCGCGAUGACAUUCGGACAGUCAGAUAGCACAUCUGAGCUGACUUCAUCCUUCAGAUAAAGCAUCAAGCGUGUAGACUUGGGUGACCUACACCAAUCGCGUACUUCUCUAUAGCCGGGGAAACUCGCUCUUGAGGGUGAUCAUGUCAGCCAUACCCAGGAAUGACAUUGAUCAGGCCCCAAUCAGUGACCUUCUUCGCUGAUAUCCUCUUCGCAGCCUGGUCAAUUGGGCGGAUUUUUCCAAGUACAUAUACAUUUCUCAUCGAAAGGUCAGAUGACCUUGGAAUUGCUUUUCCCGUAUACAGAUCUGCAAUCAGCCUGUUUUAUCACUGGAUCAAGGCUGUUCGAGUUGAUGGCAAAUGACGUAAACCACCGCCGAGUGUCCGGCUUUCCGGGGCUUCCACAUCUCGGUUACAUUGUUGUUAUGUGA